AUGCCGAUUAUCUUCAUACUAUCUGCGCAAUAUGUUUCAUCUUGGCUUAAAGCUGCUCUAUCCCCUGUUAAGUCAAGUCUCGAUGGCUACGAGUUUCAAUGUGCGACAAACUUCCUUGGUCAUGCUUCGCUGACAAAGUACUUGUUGCCUAUACUCACUACCACCGCAUCUUCCUCUGUAGACGCACGUAUCAUAAAUACCACAUCAGAAGGUCUGAUGCUUGCUCCAUCCGGCAAGAGAAUUGCCUUCGAAGACCUCAAAACAAAACAGGAAUAUGGUUUCGGGGCUCGCUGGAGGCGCUAUGGACAAAGCAAGCUUGCUCAGGUGUUGUAUGCAACCCAACUUGCGCGGAGGCAUCCUACAGUGCCGUCAAUCGCCAUCCAUCCAGGAGUAGUCGCGACAGAUUUGGCCUCGAAAUUGGAAUGGGCAGUGUUGACGUCCAAGGAUGGGAGUAAAAACUCGAUGUGGGGAGCCACUGCACCUCGUGAUGCUGUCGAGAAUGGUGCGUACUAUUCUCCGAUUGCUGAGCCUGGAAAGCAAACAAGAUGGACGCAAGACGAGGAUCUAGGAAACCGACUGUCGCAGUAG